AAAGUGCCACUUCUGAACCGCACGGACAUCGUGACGUCAGCGUCGGAGCACUAAAACAAUCAACCUCCUCCGUGAACGACCGACCGACCGCCGCCUCUCCAUCAUUCACAGCUCAGCCGCCUGUAGCACGCAUCCCUCCGCCCGACCACCGCAACCAGCAUGUCAGCUCAGGAGCUCGGCUCGGACGGGAAGUGGAUCGGGGACGAGUUGGACAGAAACGGCCUGUUCGGAAACACCGCGACCCGGUUCGACGAGCUGCGCGAAGAACUGAAUCCGAGAGGAGACGAGGCGGCGGGCAACCUGGAUCAACAAUUUCAUCCUUUCCAGGACGACGGCAAAAAGCCUCCCGUUGCUAUGGAAACUGCAUCCACAGUAGAUGACCUGAUGUCCGGCCUGUUCACGAAGCCUAUGAGUGAUGAUGGUGAUGUAUACACAUCCCUGCUGUCCACUCAAAGUUUCACAUCAGGCCAAGAAUCCUCAUACCUGUCAGAUGACCUGAGCUCCACAAAGCCCUCCUCAGGCUCCUCCCUCCACGACAGCUAUGGCAACUUCAAUUCCAGCACCAACAUCGGUUCCAACCUGACUGAUAACACACCUAAAUCACUAAUGGGAUUAGAUAAAACAGAACCUUACAACUACAUGGACAUCAGCCACGGGGACGAUCACCACGCACAGGACCAGGGGCCCCUGCACAACCUGAUGGACACAACGUCAAGUGGUCGGAGCUCCCUUGGCAGCUACCUGGAUAAGAGCCCUGGAGGAGAUGACAAUGAAGAUGACGAGGAUGAUGAAGAGAAUCUAGGUCCGGCAUUGGGCUCCCACUUUCCCUAUGUGGAGGAACCCUCUGAUGAAGAGCUGCCAGAUUACCGGUCCUACAGGAAUCUGGGCAGCACCCCACAGUCAGCCAGCCCAGUGAAAAUCACCUUGACCGAGUCCCAGCCUUCAGCUGAAAAACCUCCUUCUCAGCAACAGCCCUCUCCAGUCAACACAUCAGAACGUGAGAACAUCCUCAGUGUGGGCUUGCAGGGUGUUCCCACCGUUACACUAUCAGAGCCAGAGGACAACAGUCCUGCUUCGACUCCGAGUGCUUCACCAACACAAAAAGAAUUCCCAUCCAGUGACAUCGUCAGAGGUGACACAGUGAAGCCAGCAGUCUCCAGAGGUGGAUCCAGUGUAGAAGCCAGGAGCAGGGAGCAUGAGGGCAGCAGUGCAGAGUCUGGGGACUCUGAGAUCGAGCUGGUGUCUGAGGAGCCGGUCAAAACUAGCAGCAACCCAUUUGCCCAGCCGCCAAAAAGCAAGGCUGCUUUCAGCCAGCCUAACGACGUCUUUGACAAUCCCCAUGUCAAUAAGGGUGGUUUUGGCCUGGCGGGCAACCAUGCUCCGCCCAUGUCCUACAGUAUUCUUAGGGAAGAGCGAGAGGCUGAGCUCGACAGCGAUCUCUUCAUCGAGUCUGCUUCUGAGGAGAGCCCAAAGAGAGAGCAAGGCUUUAGCGGCCUCAAAAGGGGAGUCAGUCCUCCCUCUCCCCUCAUUCCCAGUGCCGUCCCUCCCCGCAGUACCACUGAGGUUGUGCCAAGUGAGCCCUCCAUGCCUGAAAAGGUCAAGGCUCCAGUGAAAAUAGAGGAGGAUCACCCUAGCAAACCCAAGCCUCCCACUGCCGCCAUACCCCCAGAGGUGCGCGCCGAGAGGCCCAACCAGGACGACAUGUAUAAACACACCAAUGAGGGCAAAGAAGACUUCGGAAAAUCGAGUGCGGAAAACCGAGUGCGUACCGUGUUACUGGAGAGCUUUAACAAACAGAAAGCUAUCGACCUGCUUUACUGGAGGAAUGUGAAGCAGUCUGGGGCCGUGUUCAGCAGCGUGCUUCUGCUUCUCUUCUCGCUGACCCAGUUCAGCGUGGUCAGCGUUGAGUCCUACUUAGCCCUGGCUGCCCUCUCUGCCACCAUCAGCUUCAGGAUCUACAAGUCUGUGCUCAGGCAGUGCAGGAAAACAGAUGAUGGCCAUCCUUUUAAAGCCUACCUGGAGAUGGAAAUCUCCCUAUCCCACGACCAGAUUAGUAAAUAUGCGGACAAAAUCCUUCUCUACACCAACACCUGCAUGAAGGAGCUUCGCAGGCUGUUCCUGGUACAAGAUCUGGUCGACUCUUUGAAGUUUGCUGUUCUGAUGUGGCUGCUGACCUAUGUGGGUGCUCUCUUCAACGGCCUGACACUGCUCAUCCUAGCUGUGGUCUCCAUGUUCACCAUGCCUGUGGUCUAUGAGAAACAUCAGGCACAGAUUGAUCAGUAUGUGGGUUUAAUACGGACCCAGGUCAACUCUGUGGUGAGGAAGAUCCAAGCAAAGAUCCCCGGGGCCAAGAGAAAGGAGGAGUAGAGUGGCGUGUCUCACCCGAAUGCUGACGGUCCAGUCAGCUGAGAGACAGGCAGCUCAGUGGCUGUUGGUGAACCUGGUCAUCAUCUGUGGGGCGUUGUGCUGUGUCAUCUUGGUGUCUCUACAAGCAUCCACUGGAGAAGCCUCACUCUGUCUAUAGCAGUCUAAACACUAACACACACACUGUCACACACAUAUGAUCCUGUUUCUAGGUAGGCAAGUACACAACUCGAAAAAAAAAAUAAAAUAAAACUUUUUGUGUUGCUUAUUAUGAAGUGCAUGAAGUCGAGCCUUGGGUAAAUAAUAUUUGAUAUCUUUUGUGCAGUUUUUAAAAUCACGCUGUUUGCUUUGCAGUGCAUACCACAAACUGUAAGGUUUGCACAAAAUAGGGGAAAAAAAGAAAAAG